AUGCCACUAGCAAUCUGUAUUUCUUCGUAUAAUGUCAUGUCAGACGCAAAACAGAUCAUGUACGAAAUCAUGAAUAAUGGCCCGGUCGAAGCGGCUUUCGCGGUCUAUGAGGACUUUAUGGUAUACCAGAAAGGAAUCUAUUCUCACGUGACUGGUGCAUGGCUCGGCGGUCAUGCGGUCCGCAUUCUCGGUUGGGGUAAAGAAAAAGAUCAGCCGUACUGGUUGAUUGCCAACUCAUGGAACGAAGAAUGGGGUGAGGACGGUUAUUUCCGAAUUCUACGCGGAACUGAUGAAUGUGGCAUCGAGUCUCAAGUCACAGCCGGAAUGCCGCGGAUCUAA